CCCUCUCCCUUCCUGGAACUCGGCGCCUUCCAAGAUGGCGGCCCUCUCCUGGAUGACGCUUUGGGGGGCGACAGCGCUGCUGCUGCUGCUCCUCCUGUUGCUAUGGCAGCGGACGCGGCCCGCCGGAUCCGAGGCCCGCGUGGCGGUGCUGGUGCUAGGCGACCUGGGCCGCAGCCCCCGCAUGCAAUACCACGCGCUGUCGCUGGCCCACCGCGGCCGCCGCGUCGCCUUUAUCGGUUACGCGGGCACAAAGCCUCAUAGCGAGAUCGUCCAUAAUGAAAACAUACAGAUUGUAUAUAUUCCAGAAUUUGGAACCGGGCAAGUUGGUCCCAAAAUGUUCCAGUAUAUUAUAAAAGUGAUUAUGCAGAGCAUUCAACUGUUGUAUACAAUGCUGAAGAUAGCUAAGCCAGGUUAUGUUCUUCUCCAGAAUCCUCCAGGUCUGCCCAGCAUAGCUGUUACCUGGGUGGUUUGUCUUCUGCGAAGGAGCAAGCUGAUAAUUGACUGGCACAACUAUGGCUAUACUAUUAUGAGCCUGACACAUGGAAAGAGACAUCCCAUCGUCCGGAUUGCCAAAUGGUACGAAGAGCUCUUUGGCCGUCUGUCUGACUAUAAUAUUUGUGUGACGGAAGCAAUGAAAGAGGAUCUUCAGGUGAAUUGUAACAUCAGAGCAAUUACCCUCUAUGACAAGCCAGCGUCCUUCUUUAAGGAAACGCCACUGAGCGACCAACACAAACUGUUCAUGAAACUCGCCAAGGACUAUGCUCCGUUUAAAGCCCGGUAUACAACAGAGCCAAUCCUGUCUGAUGAGGAUGAAAAAUCUGCCUUUACGCAACGUGACAUCAGAAGUGGAAACGUGACGCGCUGCAUGGGCCGGCCAGCUCUCCUGAUCAGCAGCACCAGCUGGACAGAGGAUGAAGAUUUUUCCAUCCUGUUAAAAGCUUUAGAAGCAUAUGAACACCAUAUCAGUGAAGGAGCAAAACUUCCUCCUCUAGUGUGUGUGAUAACAGGCAAAGGGCCUCUGAAGGAAUAUUACAACAAACUGAUCGCCACAAUGCAUUUCAAGCACAUCCAGAUCUGUACUCCCUGGCUGGAAGCAGAGGACUACCCACUGCUGCUUGGCUCAGCAGAUUUGGGCGUUUGCCUCCAUAAAUCAUCUAGUGGCUUGGACCUGCCGAUGAAAGUGGUGGAUAUGUUUGGCUGCUGCCUGCCUGUGUGCGCAGUGAGCUUCCAGUGUUUACCUGAACUUGUGAAGCACGGAGUAAAUGGUUUGAUAUUCGAAGACUCAUCUGAACUUGCAGAGCAGCUGAAGAUGCUUUUCAGGGAAUUUCCUGUUGCAGAAGGCAAGCUGAAUUCAUUCAGAAGAAAUCUCCAGACAGCCAAGCAGUUGCGAUGGGACGAAAGCUGGGAACGGACAGUAUUUCCUCUGUUCAGACAACAGUUAAGUGGCUAGACUGAACUGUGGAUUUAUAACCCAUGUUUUUCCAAAUACCGUAACUCUUCAGAAAUCCUUGGUAAAUUAUACAUUCUUUUUUUUAAACAAACUUGGUUUUAUAUAGUGUAAAAAUUAAAAAUGAAACGAAACACCA